AUGGAAGAACAGCACCAACAAUUCAAGUCCCCUGACCAGCAUUCCGAACCUAAUGGCCCUGAAGCAAGUAGGACAGACCACGAUGAGGAGUUUCAGUCUGUAGACCUAUCACCUCCUUUACCUCCCCACUCCCCCACUAACCCAACCACCCAAGACCAGACCUACUACAGCUACAUAGACCAGUUCUACUCCGGUGAAGACCUUCAGCACCCAAUCAACAAAGACCAAUCCCAUGCAGCACACACGCCUCAUGAAGAAAAGAGCAUGCAUUCUCAUCCAGAAGAUGAUUUUCUUGACAAGAGUGGGCCUAGUUAUGAUUCUUCUUGGAAAGAUGGUAAUCCAGAAGGACAGAAUAUGGGUUAUGAUUAUCAUCAGGAGCAGAAAAAUUAUGAGGAUGACGAUAUGGAGCAUGAUCAGCAUUACGAGCAGCAUUAUGAACAUCAGCAUGAAGAAGAAAAUGAAGAAAAUAAGCAGAAGGAUCAUCAGAUUUAUGGUGAUGAGAAUCAUGCCAUGGUUGAGGAAGCUAAACAAGUUGUUGAGACAGUUGGGAAACAAGUAGAAGGUGUUAUGAAAUUGGAGGAAGAAAAGAAAGAAGUUGUAGAAAAAGGAUACUUAAAAGUGAUUUUACUUGGAAAUUGAAAGAACAAAGCUUAUGAAGAGUAUAAAAAGCAACUAAUUGAAAAAGAAAACCAAAAGCAGCAUCCAGUUGAAAAGAAAGAGAAACAAGAACAUCUAGUAGAAAAGGAAGAAAUUAAAAUGGAUGAAAAAGAAAUUAAUCAAGAAAAUAAAAAUGAAGAAAUAGAACUUGAAGAAGUUAAAGAAAGCAAAGAAAUCACUGAAGAAAAGAAAAAAGACAAUGAGCAUGAAGAAGAAAUCCCAGACAAAGGAACAAAAGAAGAGUCUGGCUCCUCUACAGAUAACUCAGAAGCUUCAACUGAUGAUCCAUAUCAAACAAGUAUAAGCAACGAAGCUAUCCAAGAUCAAUAUGAGAGUCUACAGAUCGGUUCUAUGCCAUCAUUCGAGAUCCCAGAGUUUGACUUCAAGCCAGAGCCAAGGCUAAAAUCUCUCGAAGAUUAUACCAAAGAUCCCCAUGCCUCAAUAGAAUUUCUAAGGAACUUCUCAGUGUACUCAAAGGAGUUGAUCUUUGAAAUAAACGAUUUGGCUAUCCUUGAAGAAUUUACCAUUAAUAAAUCAUUGUGAGAGAAAUACUCUAAAGAAGGAGACACCAUUGAGAUAACCAUCAUGGGAGAUUAUGGAAGCAAUUUGCAGUUCCAACAAGCAGAUGGUAGUCAAGGAGAAAUCCCUCUUUCUUCUGAUUCUUCCUCUAUUGAUAAGUACAGUGAUGCUCUUUCUCAAAUCAUCAACUUCCUUGUUCAAAGAUCGAAAAAUAAGCUAGCUGGAUCAAAAAUAGCCAAAGAAAUCGCACCGAUAAUAACAGAGAGUAAUCAAUUCCAGAUGUUACACCUCUAUGCUCUCUUUGGAUUAAAUGAGAAGAAAAAGAAACUGACUGAGUUCAUCCAAGCUGGCAUUUCUCAUAAAAACAUCUUUAAUUACCUCUUAUGAAUUGCUGAUUAUAUCAAGGCAGGGCUUCAAGAUGCCUAUCUUGAGGAAAUUAAGUACUGAUAUUGGGUCAUUGUGUAUAUUCUCUUUAGAAAAUACUCUAAAGUCUCUCCAAUCUUGACAGAAGAAAAGUUCUCAAAAAUCAAUGUAAAUGACUACACAUUCGAGUGAUAUGAGUUGUAUUACUCAAAAUCUCCAGAAUCUGUGAACCUUGGACUUUUCCUCAACGUGAGUCUCAUCAUUUGAGAUGAUAAAAACAAAUGCUUUAAGACUAACAUGAACUUUUACCCUUGAAAAGUAGACAGAAAGAAGAGUAUUCAAGGAGUUCUAUCUGAUUACCCUCAUUAUUAUGAAAUUCACUGUGAGGACCCUACCCAUCAAAGUUUGUAUGCAAUGAGAGGGUCUGUGAAUGGAAAAUUCAUAAUCUCUAAUAAAUAGCGGAGAAUUUACUAGAUACGGCCCUCAUUAUAUUGGAGUACUGAAGGCCAACUUUUGGGGAACUGGGUUUGAUCUCUUUGAUUAUGGAAUUGAUCUUGAACUUGAGGAAGACCUUGUACCAGAAGGUUUCUUAAGUAAGCCAAAACAGUAUGGAAAGAUCCAAUAUGAAACAAAUAUCCUAGCAGAAGUUCCAAGAGCAUUCAAAUUCCUGUUUGAUAAUCCUGAAAAUGAUAAUGAAGAGACAACUUUAGAGAAUGUUAAGCCGAAAUGGUAUGAAGACCGAGGAUGAUACUGUCUUAAUUUCUAUGGUAGAGCUUUACAAGCAUCUGCCAAAAAUUUCCAACUUGUAGAAGAAGGAGAUACAGAUUGAGAUAUUAUCUUGAUGCAUGGUAAAGAAGAGAAGAACCAUUACAACGUCGACUAUCGAAGCCCUCUUAACUCUGUACAAGCUUUUGUGAUCUCCUUAGCUGCUAUUGGGCAUAAAAGAGCAGUUGGUUAAAAAAAUCCGUAGCUUAUACAUAUUCUAUAAAA